AUGACCAUAGAACGAGCACCAAAGACUCUCAAACGUUCUGAAAUCAUUGACUUGAUUUCCCAAGGCAAAGCCAUCGUCAUAUAUAAGAACAAUGUCCUCAAUCUCACAAACUGGAUUCCAAAACAUCCAGGUGGUGACAAAGCAGUAUAUCAUCUAGUUGGACGUGAUGCCAGUGAUGAGAUGAAUGCAUAUCAUAGUGAUGAAACUAUUGCAAUUUUCACCCGGUGGAAAAUUGGACAAAUUGAUUAUUAUUGGGAGAAUUUAUUACCUCCUAUUCAAGGGGCCAUAUAUAAUGAAUCAAAAGGUGCGGGAGCAUCCGUGGUAGAUACUGUGAGACCCGUGGUUCCUCAGAAUGAACUUGUCACUGAAGAGAAUAAACAUGUGUUGUUUCCGGUUGUUAAUGAGAAUAAUAAGAAAGCAGUGAUUGUUGAUCCGAAGCUCAUAAGUCAAAAUUAUGAUAAUAGUUUAACCCAUCAAGAUAUUGUAUCUAUCCCACCUUUGGACUAUAAAACCCAACAACACCUUCGUGAUAAAUAUGAUGAACUACAUGAGAUAAUUAUAAAGAAUGGUUUUUAUAAAUGUGACUAUUGGUCAUAUGUUAGAGAAGUCACCAAGAUUGCAUCACUUUUUAUCUAUUCCUUAUGUUUCCUAAAACAAAACUACUUAUUCCUUUCAGCCAUCUUUAUGGGAGCAGCAUGGCAUCAAGCAACAUUCAUAGCCCAUGAUGCUGGACAUGUUUCGAUCACCCACAAUUAUCAAUUUGACAAUUUGUUUGGAAUGUUAAUUGCCGAUUGGUUUGGUGGAUUGAGUCUUGGAUGGUGGAAACGGAAUCAUAAUGUCCAUCAUCUAGUCACGAACGAUCCGGUUCAUGAUCCUGAUAUUCAACAUUUACCUUUCUUCGCUGUGAGUUCACGAUUCUUCCUGUCGGUUUAUUCAACAUAUUAUGAGAAAUAUUUACCAUUUGAUAAAGCAUGUAAAAAACUCAUUCCAUUUCAACAUUAUUUAUACUAUCCCAUGUUAUGCUUUGGUAGAUUUAAUUUAUAUCGACUUUCUUGGGCCCAUUUGAUCAAUGGUGAUGGUCCACGUCAUGGAAAAGCCGCUUGGUUUACAUACUUUGAAUUAUUAGGAUUAUCAUUCUUCUUCUAUUGGUUCUUUUAUCUCCUUGUCUUCAAAUCCAUUGACGGACCUUGGAAUAGGUUUUAUUAUGUUAUGAUUAGUCAUAUGGCAACUAUGUUGGUACAUGUUCAAAUCACCUUAUCCCAUUUCGCAAUGUCGACAUCUGAUUUAGGUGUGAGUGAAUCAUUCCCAUCAAGACAGCUUAGAACUACUAUGGAUGUAGAUUGUCCCGAAUGGUUUGAUUUCUUUCAUGGAGGAUUACAAUUCCAAGCUAUUCAUCAUUUAUUCCCUCGUUUACCCAGACAUAAUUUUAGAAGAGUCCAACCGUUGGUGAUUAGGUUUUGUAAGGAUGUGGGGUUGAGUUAUUCGAUUUAUGGAUUUGGAAAGGGGAAUGAUAAGGUUAUUGGAAAACUUGCCGAGAUUGCUAAACAAUGUACAAUACUAUUGGAUGCCACAAAGAAUUAUGAUGGGGAUUUAUAUUAG